GGAAGUUUCCGUCACGCUCAGACCGGUAACCUGGUGUCCCGCGAGGAGCUCAUGAUGGUCCUGGUCAGUCUGGAGUCUCUGCAGAUCCGAGCGCUGCACUCCCAGUCCGCCCACUCCGUGUCGGUGCGCGGCGCCGUCCUCGAAGGAGCUGAGAGCCUGGAUUCCGGUCGCCAUGCCAACAACGUGGAGAUCUGCAUGUGUCCCGCCAACUACUUGGGCGACUCGUGUCAGAAAUGUGCUCCAGGUUACUACAGAGACACCAUCGGCCUGUUUCUGGGGAAAUGCGUCCCCUGUAACUGUAACGGACACUCUGACCGCUGUCUGGACGGAUCAGGAAUCUGUCUGGAUUGCCAACACAACACAGCAGGCGACCACUGUGAGGAGUGUCAGGGUGGAUUCCUUGGUAACAACACUCUUGAUGGACAGGCGGUGUCGUGCUCCAGUUGUCCCUGCCCCCUGAGGGUCCAGUCCAACAAUUUUGCAGAAGGUUGUGUGCAGAAAACAGACAAGAUGCAGUGUCUGUGUAUGCCGGGUUAUGCUGGACCCCACUGUGAAAGGUGUGCCCCUGGUUACUACGGCAACCCCAUGGUGCUGGGCAGCAGGUGCCAGCUGUGCCAUUGCCACGGCAACACGGACACCAACAUGCUGUUCACCGACUGUCACCCGCUGACCGGCGAGUGUCUGAGCUGCAUGCACAACACGGCCGGGCCGCACUGCGACAUGUGCGCUCCUGGUUACUACGGCGACGCCAUCGAUGCCAAGAACUGCACCAAAUGCAACUGUUCUCCAUGUGGCACCGAGUCAUGUGACCCUCACACUGGACAGUGUCGCUGUAAACCAGGAGUGACCGGACCGCAUUGUGACCGCUGUGUGGACGGCGCAUUUGGCUUCGACUCGUGCUCUGGCUGCCGUCAGUGUGACUGUGAGGCCUCGGCGGCUCUCGUGCAGCCAUGUGACCCUCGGAGCGGUCAGUGCGCCUGUCAGCCCGGAGUCAACGGGCCGAGCUGCAAACAGUGCGCUCCUGGACACUGGGACUACAGCCCGAACGGAUGCAAGAAGUGUGACUGCAGAGGAGGUCGCUGUGACCCGCGCUCCGGAGAGUGUCGCUGUCCCGACGGGAUGACGGGGAAACAGUGCGACACCUGCUCGCAGAAAUACAGCAUCCCCAUGGAGGAACAUCACAGCAUGCACUGCGAGCUGUGCGACAGCUGCGUCAUCGUCCUGUUGGAGGAUCUGGACAAGAUGAACGAUAACUUCCGCUCAGUCGCCGGGCAGCUUAGCAAGCUGAACGCCAGCUCCAUGGCCUGGGCCCAGCUCAACAACGUCAACAAGUCUAUAGAGGACAUUGCUCGUGCCAUUGAGAACUACAACAGCACUCUGGAUGAGAGCCGGAGUCGGGCCGACAUGCUGGAGGCUGAAAUCGUGAAUAUUAAUGACGACAUCAAUGAACUGCAGGACAAGGUUGCAGUGAUGACCGACCGGGUUGGUGACGUGCAGGACAGUACCACAAACACACACCAGAGGGCGGAAGACCUGCUGUCCUUCAUCAGCAACGUGACCAUGGAUAUAAACGAUGUCUUACUUCUGGCAAACCGGUCCUCUCUGAACGGCACGGAGGCAGAGCUGGAGGACGAGGAGAGGGAGAGGAAGAUGAGGGAGGUGCAGGCCAUGCUGAGAGAGAUGAGGUACAGGAGCUGCGUGGGACAGAAGAAAGUGGCCGAGAGAGAGAGGACGGAGGCGGGGAAAUUGUUGGAGCGUGUGAACAAGGAGCUGGCCGAUCGUCAGGGCGAUAACGUCGACCUGGCCAAAGCGAUCAGAGACCGCCUGGCCCGUUUCCACUCCGAGAUGAUGGACCUCCGAGACGCCCUGAACGAAGCCGUGAACGACACGGCCAAGGCGGCGGAGAUCAACAACGCCAACGAGAAGACUCUGGAGGACAACAAGAAAAGACUAGAAGACCUGAUGUCGAAGCAGAAGGAGGUGAACGACCAGCUGAACAUGGCCGAAGACGACGUCGCUCAGGUCAACGACAUGCUGUCCACUCUGCAAGACUCCAAAGAGGAGUACGAGCGGCUGGCGGCUCAGCUGGACGGCGCCAGAUCCCCGUUGGCGGAGAAAGUGCAGGAGUUUGCCUGGACGGACUCUAAGAUCCCCCUGGUGGAGGAAGCAGAGAGGCACGCCGAGAUGCUGAACGCCUUAGCAAUGAACCUGUCCAGUUUGAUUGAGGAGAAUAAGAACGAAGGAUUUGUGGACGUAACAAAAGCCUACAACAAGAUCAUCAACAGCAUCAAGGAGGCGGAGGAGGCUGCCAAGAUGGCUGCCAAGGCUGUCAACGACACUGUGGAGAACAUUAAAGGUCAGGAUCUCGGUCAGAUCGCCAGUUCUCUGAAGAAUCACAGUUUGGAUCUGAAGGACGAAGUCGAGAAGCUGAGUGAUGAUCUGAACAACGACCUGAAGCCCCAGCUGGAGGACGCUCAGAGGCGACUGGACGAGGCCAAAACCAAACAGGCCGAUGUGAUGAAAGACCUGGAGAUGGUUCAAAACAACCUCAACUUCACCUCAAACGUGAGUCAGGAGAUCGCCGAGGUAAAACAAGCUGCAGAUCUCGCAAACACCACGGCGACGCAAGUGAACGAUGCCCUGCGUCCAAUCAAAGAGCAGCUGGACAAAUGGCAGCAGACCUACGGAGAUGCCAACACAACCAACGAUGACAUCAACAACGCCCUGAUGGAGGCCAACAAGACCGUUCAAGCUCUGGGUGAUACCAUCCCCUUGCUCAUGAAGAAGCUGGAUAAGCUGCAGAAUCACUCGGCACAGAUGCCGAACAUCUCCGAGAACAUCAACCGCAUCCGACAGCUCAUACAGCAGGCGCGCAACGCCGCCAGCAAGGUCGGCGUCCCGGUGAAGUUCAACGGGAAGUCCGGCGUUCAGGUGCGUACUCCUCCUAACCUGGCCGACCUCGCCGCCUACACCUCCCUGAAGUUCUACAUCACUCUGCCGGAGGCAACGCGAGGCAGACGGCAGGACAACGGCAACCGGCAGUUUGUCUUCUACCUCGGCAACAAGGAUUCCACUAAGGAGUUCCUGGGCAUGGCGUUGGUCGGGAAGAGACUGCGCUGGUACUUCAACGUCGGAGGAGAAACGGCUGAGGUGAUGAUGAAUGAGGACGUCGAGUCGAAAGGAAACUUCAACAGCGUUGUGCUGGAGAGGAUCCUUCAGUACGGCCAGAUGUCGAUGUCUUCAGAGGCCUCGGAGGGCGAUCAGAGAGUCACCAAAGCGAACGUGGAGGCCGCGGGAGAUCAGGGUCUGCUCAACCUUUUGACCGACGACACCGUCUUCUAUGUGGGAGGAUACCCGAGUACUUUUAAACCUCCCGCCCCGCUCGCUCUCCCGCACUUUAAGGGCUGCAUGGAGCUCGACACGCUGAACGAGGUCGUCCUCAGUCUGUACAACUUUGAAAACGUCUUCCAACUCAACACCACGGAGGAGAAACCAUGUGGCAGGUCGAAGCCGGUGCUGAGUCAGGCCUGGGUGAACGACGCGUCGUAUUUCGAUGGGACCGGCUUCGCUGAGAUCAAGUUCUCCGAUCAAUCCACUCGCAUUAAGCGAUUCGAACAGGAAGUGAAACUGCUGUCGCACAACGGCAUCCUGCUGCUGUUUCAACACGGGGAUCAGUUCCUGUGUCUGGCGGUGCUUCAGGGCCGACUGAAGGUUUACUAUGAUUUCAGCGGGGGUCUGAUGGAGCUCGAGCCCAAAGAGCCUGAAUCGGAAUUCUUGAGGAUUAGCGAUGCUGACCCCAAAGCUCUGGGGAUCAUCAUCAUGGACUCGCGUCUUGUGGUGAGAAACAGCCGCAACACCCUCUACUCCCACCAGUUCACAGAUAACAUCCCCCCCUUCGUCAGCAUGUACUACCUGGGAGGAGUCCCUGAGAACAAAAUGCCCAAGCAGUUGAAAUCUCUGUUCCCUAAGCAGGGCUCUCUGAAGGGCUGUUUCAGGAACGUGAAGGCCCUGAGCUCCCACAUCGACCUGAAGAGGAUGACCAGCUCUGGAGUCAGUUUUGGCUGUGACAGCGACCUGCUGUUGGCUCGUGAGGCUCACUUCUCGGGACAGAGCUACCUGGACUUGGGUCUGACGGACGUCCCCAGCCUCAGAGACAACUUCUACGCCAGCUUCAGCUUCAGGACGGAGAAGAAAGAGGGACUCAUGUUCUACCACCAGGAUAAGGGUGGUGUGUGUCAGGUGUUUUUGCACGAGGGCCACGUCGUUGUGAGAGUUGGAAACAGUGAGAUUAAGACUCAGAAAACGUACAACGACGACAACAGCCAUUACGUCUCCAUUUACAACGACAUCAACGGGAUGCGUCUGUACAUGGACGACGUGCUAGAAAAAGCCAAGGUGGGACUCCGGAUAGACAGCCGAGUGGUGACGACCUCACCGGAAGGAACCUUCCUGGGAGGAAUGCCCGACCAGGGUCUCACUAAUCUCACCGGAUGUAUCAGCAACGUUUUCGUCAAGAGGGAAACGAGUUCUCAGAUGGUUUUGAACCUGCUGAAAACGAAAGAAAACGUCAACGUUCCUCUGGACUGUCCCGCUGCGAAGAAACCGCAACAGAUCGUCUCUGCUCAGCCCAAACACAGCAGCAAACAAAAGGGGAAGAACAAGAAGCCGUCGGGGUCUCGCAGUCGGAACACCAGGGACUCCUGUCAGGGCGGGCCGUCGGAUCAGGAGGCCGGAGCGUCGCACUUCAGCGGCUCCACACACAGCUACCAGAGAUACGACUCUCUGCCCGCCUCACUCAGCUCACUACCUCACAUCUCCAUGGCUCUGAGGAUAAACUCCUCUGACGGUUUGGUGCUCUACGCGGCUAACGGUCAGAGGGGCGGGGCUGUGAUGUCACUCGGCGUGUCAGAGGGUCACCUGCUGCUCCUGUUGGACGGAGGGAAGAGAAAGGUCAGCCUGCGGAGCCGCAAGAAGUACAACGACGGCCAGUGGCACACGGUGUUUGUGAAGCGUGAAGGAGAGAAGGUCAGUCUGAUCGUGGACGGUAUCAGCGCUCAGUCCAAGAGAAUCCCCGGAGGAGAGAAGACUCGUCUCACCGGGCCGUUAUACAUCGGAGGAGUGCCGCCAUCUCUGACGGCUCCGGGCUCUGGUGGUUUCGUUGGAUGUGUCAAAGACCUGUCGCUGAACGAGGCCCCUGCAGGAAACCCCGUUCACAGCCAGGGGACGGUGCCCUGCUUCCAGCGCCCUCUGCAGGCCGGAGCGUACUUUUCCGGAGAGGGAGGACACGUCACUAUAGAUGAGUCCUUGGUUCUGGGUCGGGAUCUUGAAAUCCAGCUUGAGGUUCGGCCCAUCUCGGACUCUGGGCUGCUGUUGCAUGCUGGGAUAUCACCUGAUCAACACCUGAGUAUCGUCCUCAACCAGGGAGAGGUGACAGUUUCAGUAAACACUGGUAAAGGUGAAUUCUCUACCUCCUUCACUCCUGAAGAACCUCUUUGUAACGGACACUGGCACACCAUCACAGUGGUGAAGAAGAACAACGUCCUGCAGCUCCACGUCGAUGCGGCCAGCGAGCACAGCGUCGGGCCCAAACAGAGCCGCUCUGCAGGCGCCAAAGAGGCCGUUUACCUGGGAGGGGUACCAGAUGGCGUCCCAGUUCCCGGUCUGCCUGCCGACCUGCCCACCUUCCACGGCUGCAUCCGCACGGCGAGCAUCAACCACAGACCUGCCAUGUUGUCCAAGCCGCUCUCUGUGCACGGAGCUGUGGGAACACAGGGCUGCCCGCAUAUGUAACACACACACACACUGGUGCACAGUCUUACCCUCACAUUCCUACAAAUCACUUGGUGGUGGGUGUCACGUUACUGUAGCUAAUUUAAAAAAUAUAUUAAUAUUUAUUUUCUAUUUUCAGAAAAUGUAUAUUUUAUAUUUUCCUGUUUGUCGUCGCUCUCGUACUGGUUUUGUUUUUUUGUGCUGCGGCAGUGACUGCACUCGGAGAUGCACUGAAACAAACACACAUGAUGUCAUAAAUCACGUUUAACAUAUGUAGUAUAUUGUAAAUAAAGACAACUCGGAUCGACUCUCUUUAUUCAUAAAUAAAUGAUGUGGAUCAUUUUGAAAA